UUUUGGUAUUCUAAUUCUCAUUUAUCAGUUUUCACAUGACAUUCGAAGUGGAACGUUCAUAUAUUGUGUUGUGCGUAGGAGCCGAUUACUGUGUUACUGUUUAUUAUUGUUAGAAGAUAUAUAAUUAGUUCUACUUUAGAGAAAAUUCUAGUUAGUUUCGCUUAGUAAACAUUUUAGAAAUUUCUUCUUUUUAAAUAUAUUCAGUAUUUUUUAAGUAUACUCAUAUAUUCAGUUUUAAGAAAAACUCACUGGCAAUUUCGAGAAAUUCUUUUCGUAAACGAUUUACCAAAAUAUUUAAAAACUUAAUGUUUCUUUAAAGAAUUAACGUUAUAAGUCGAUUUUGUUUAUCAAAGUGAAAGUGUUGAUAUAAAAUAACUAUGGAGAGUGCAGAAAUAGUUACCAAAUUAAAACUUUUAUUUGAGAGAAUUGCUCAACCUGAUUAUAUUAUGGAGCACCACUAUGCUGAUAGUUUUUUCAUUAAAUUAAAUUCCUGUGAUCCAGAUGUGCAAUACUUAAAAUCUUUGCCAAUGUUGGCAGAUAUGAUAAUGGCAGCAUUUUACCGAACAGACAACUACCACGACACGGUUAAAGUGUUUCUUGUAAGACUGCUUGCUUUUAUUACAAGUAAUGAAGUUAACUUUGCAAAAUUUAGUGCAAAAAAGGGAGAUGAUUUGGUUAAAGCAUUUGACCUGAUUAAUUCUCCUGACAUGCCUAUAAGUUUGAGAGUAGCAAAUAUGGAAGUAGCCUUAUCACUUUUAAAUCACAAUUCUGGAGUUCAUUGGUUACUAGAAACUAAUUCAUGGAAAAAAAUCCUCACACUCUGUAAUGAAAAAAAAACUGUUUUUAUAGUGAGACAGACUUAUAAAUUUGUUUCAAAAUUUAUAUGGAAAAUGAAAAAUUUUGGUGAUGAUACUAAUGUGAGAUGUGUUCUGGCUUUUAUAAUGAAACCUGCCCUGGAAGUUGAUUUAGUUCAAAAACAAUCAAUUACAAGUGAAGAAGAGGAUGAAUUGUGUAAAAUUUACGAGCCGAUGUUGCAAAUGUUGCUCACUAUUGUAAGCAAUGAGAAAGAAAUAAAAUCCCCAAACUGUGUCACACAUUUCAUAUUGCGAGAGUUUCAAAUAGAGACUUAUUGUUAUAUCAUGUUAGAAAGAUUGAGACGAGAAGAUAUUUGGUUGCUUACAACAAAAUUUCUGUUUUGGUCAGCUAUCAGCAAAUUUUUCCUUGUAAAAAUUGAUCCAUCUGGUAUCAAAUGUCUAAGAGAAAAUUUUAUUGAAUUAGCUGUCACUCAUUUUAAUACAGUACAUAGAUUAAUACAAAAGCACUCGCCAAAGUUACUAUUUGAUUAUUGUAAUGCAAGUAAUUUGAUUUGGGGAAAAGUUUGGAAUGAAGAACCCAUAAAAUGGGAUAACCCGCAACAUGUGGAAAUGCAAAAAUGGUUGCUUAUAGUAAGCCUUGUGCCUCCAUUGGUGUAUGUAACACUCGGCAAAAACCAAUCUGUGGAUGAAAACGAAGGUGAAGUUGACUUGUAUAUCAAUACAAUAAUGAAAUCUACAUGUGAGCACACAGCCAGAGCUGCAUAUGCAGUUCGAGACAUGAUGCUACAGCUUGAUGUUCUGCAAGUAACAUUACUUAGUGUAAAAAGAUUAACAUUCCUUAAAAAUAAUUUAAAUAAUGUACAAGCAAAUAUAAUAUUUCAAGCUAUGUACUAUGUCAUAAAAGAGUUUGAGCCAUUUGAUGAUGAAGGUUUGUCAAGAACAAAUAAUUGCUUUGGAGAUGAAGGAGACAAAAUAUCAAUAAUGGCACAUGUUCUUGAUACAUUACUGUGUCUUAUUCAGAACUACAAUAUAAAUUGGCAAGAUAGUUUAGAAGUGAUAUGUUUGAAUGCAGUUGUGUACAAUGUGUUAAAGAGGCCUAAUUUGAGUUGUAAAUUUGUAGUGACAGCUCUGAAUGUGAUAUUAACAACAAUAAAGAAGUCCCUGACUCCAAAUCUGUGUCUCCUAGUUGACACAAAGCCUGGGUCUGGCCUGCACGAAAUCGGAAUUCUAAUCUACGUGAAAAUGCACGACCGUGUCUGGGAGAUAAGAGAUACAGCUCUGGAACUCCUUCUUGUCUGUUCUGAAUUCUCAUAUAUCAAAUUCCCUCCAUUCCAAAAGCAAAUUCUGUCUCAUAAGCUGAUCAAUGUUGCCGUGUCGAUGGCACUUAAUGAUCCCGAGUUCUAUGUUAGAGUUUCGGCGCUUCAAUGUGUGGCUGCUGCUACGAAGAUCGCCCUGCUAUGGGAUCAAGUCAUAUCCGAAUAUCCAAAUGUUCAGGAGCUUAUGGCGGACCUCUGCACAAACCCUGAAGGCAUUGUUCGAAAAGAAGCGCUCAACGUGCUAUGUGAAAUGUACCAAAACCUAAAACUAAACUGCUCCAUGAAAUCAGCACUGUAUGAGAAAUUUCUUAAUGCCUCCCUCAAUGACUUUCACUGGGAAGUCCAAAUUAGGGCAUUGAAAUUUUGGCGGGUCGUCAUUCAAUCGUUACUUGGAGAACAAGGAAUGUUGGAUGGCACGUUUCCUCCGGUCACCUUCUCAAUUGAAUCCAGAAAGAUUGUCACACUGACGGAAAAAGAAAUUCAAAAGAGAUUGCUCAAAAUAUUAGACGAGCUCGCAUCUAUUGGCUGCUUAUCAAUUCUAGUAAAGCUCUUAUUCGACGAAACUGAAGUUGAAGUGAUGGAAUUAGCAUUAUCGAUCGCUAAUGAAUUGUUAGAAAUCCUUGAAAAACACAGAGUACCUGGAUUUCUACGGCCCAGUGAGAACGAUCCGAAAAUUUGUGAAAUUUUAAGAGUUGAAGACAACGACGUAGCGGAGGAAAAGAUGGAAACAGCAAAUGUUACGAAGUCUGAAGAUGUGAUACAAGACAUAUUAAACUCUGACGAUAUGAAUUUAUUAACGAAUAUAUAUGAACGACAAAUGAAUUUGAAUAAUGAGCAUACUGCAGGAAAUAAGAAAAAGUUAACCAAAUUCGCGACUCCAUAUACAUUUGUAGUCUUUAUGAAAAGUAAUAAUUUUAAAGAAACUAUAGAGUGUAAGAAAAAAUGGAAAGAAGGUAUACGAAGUCUGUCAUCUGUGAUGGACGAUAUGUUAGGCAUUUACGAAGUAAAUAGUGAAGUGAAUACAUUAGAUUGUUAUUAAGGUUAUAUUGUGCCACAGAAUCAAAAUAGUACAAUUAAACAGCGUCAAAUCUAGUUAAUUUCAAAUUCAACUUUGUUAAUAAAACAGGUACACACUAGGGAAUGCAAUACCGUGUAAUUUUUCGGGAUCAAUCCCGAAGCAUAAUAUGACGAGAUCCCGUUCGGGAUUGGGCUGAAAUGGUCAGCGAUUCUACACACAUCCGCUCGGGACGCUUCACGCGACAUUGCACAAUACAUAGGGUACAUUGCAAUGGACAUUAGAUGCCGGUUAGCAGAUAGCACUCUUGAGACACUUUAGAAGAUACUCU